GGGCGGGGAGGAGAGGCGGCGGCAGCGGCGUCCGAGCUACGCCACACAGGGCUGGGGUGCUGGGUGCUGGAGUGCAGAGCGGGGUCGUGGCGGCGGCGGUGAGGAAAGAGCGGCGGAGGGGGGGGUGCCAUGGCGGGACAGCAGUUCCAGUACGAUGACAGCGGGAACACCUUCUUCUAUUUCCUCACCUCAUUCGUGGGGCUCAUCGUGAUCCCGGCCACAUACUACCUCUGGCCCCGCGACCAGAACGCCGAGCAAAUUCGAUUAAAGAAUAUCAGAAAAGUAUAUGGAAGAUGUAUGUGGUAUCGUUUACGGUUAUUAAAACCCCAGCCAAAUAUUAUUCCUACUGUAAAGAAAAUAGUUCUGCUUGCUGGAUGGGCAUUGUUCUUAUUCCUUGCAUACAAAGUUUCCAAAACAGACCGAGAAUAUCAAGAAUACAAUCCUUAUGAAGUAUUAAAUUUGGAUCCUGGGGCAACUGUAGCAGAAAUUAAGAAACAGUAUCGUUUGCUGUCACUUAAAUAUCAUCCAGAUAAAGGAGGUGAUGAAGUUAUGUUCAUGAGGAUAGCAAAAGCUUAUGCAGCUUUAACUGAUGAAGAGUCCCGGAAAAACUGGGAAGAGUUUGGAAAUCCAGAUGGCCCUCAAGCCACAAGCUUUGGAAUUGCCCUGCCAGCUUGGAUAGUUGACCAGAAAAACUCAAUUUUGGUUUUACUUGUAUAUGGAUUGGCAUUCAUGGUUAUCCUUCCAGUUGUUGUGGGCUCUUGGUGGUAUCGCUCAAUACGGUAUAGUGGAGACCAGAUUCUAAUACGCACAACACAGAUUUAUACAUAUUUUGUUUAUAAAACUCGAAAUAUGGAUAUGAAACGUCUUAUCAUGGUUUUGGCUGGAGCUUCUGAAUUUGAUCCUCAGUAUAAUAAAGAUGCCACAAGCAGACCAACAGAUAAUAUUCUAAUACCUCAGCUAAUCAGAGAGAUUGGCAGCAUUAAUUUAAAGAAGAAUGAGCCUCCACUUACCUGCCCAUAUAGCCUGAAAGCCAGAGUUCUUUUACUAUCUCAUCUUGCUAGAAUGAAAAUUCCUGAAACCCUUGAAGAAGAUCAGCAAUUUAUGUUGAAAAAAUGCCCUGCCUUACUUCAAGAAAUGGUUAAUGUAAUCUGCCAACUAAUAAUAAUGGCCCGAAGCCGUGAAGAAAGGGAGUUUCGUGCUCCAACUUUGGCAUCCCUAGAAAACUGCAUGAAGCUUUCCCAGAUGGCUGUGCAGGGCCUUCAGCAGUUUAAGUCUCCUCUUCUGCAGCUGCCUCACAUUGAAGAGGACAACCUUAGACGGGUUUCUAAUCAUAAAAAGAUCUUCCUCAGCUUACAGUGGGGUUACAUCCUCAUAAAGCCAUCAAUUUACAAAAUUAAGACUAUCCAGGAUUUGGUGAGUUUAAAAGAAUCAGAUCGUCAUAGUCUACUGCACUUCCUUGAAGAUGAAAAAUAUGAAGAGGUUAUGGCUGUCCUUGGGAGUUUCCCAUAUGUGACUAUGGACAUAAAAUCACAGGUAUUGGAUGAUGAAGAUAGCAACAACAUCACAGUAGGAUCCCUAGUUACAGUGUUGGUUAAAUUGACAAGGCAAACAAUGGCAGAAGUGUUUGAAAAGGAACAGUCCAUCUGUGCUGCCGAGGAACAGCCAGCAGAAGAUGGGCAGGGUGAUACUAACAAGAAUAGGACAAAAGGAGGAUGGCAACAGAAGAGUAAAGGACCUAAGAAAGCUGCUAAAUCAAAAAAAAAGAAACCUUUAAAAAAAAAACCUACACCUGUGCCCUUAACACAAUCAAAGCAACAGAAGCAAAAGCAGGCAAAUGGAGUUGUUGGGAGUGAAGCUGCAGUAAAGGAAGAUGAAGAAGAAGUUUCUGACAAAGGCAGUGAUUCUGAAGAAGAAGAAACGAAUAGAGAAUCCCAAAGUGAAAAAGAUGAUGGUAGUGACAGAGACUCUGAUAGAGAGCAAGAUGAAAAACAAAACAAAGAUGACGAAGCAGAGUGGCAAGAAUUACAACAGAGUAUACAGCGAAAGGAGAGAGCUCUACUGGAAACCAAAUCAAAGAUAACACAUCCUGUUUAUAGUCUUUACUUUCCUGAGGAGAAACAAGAAUGGUGGUGGCUUUAUAUCGCAGAUAGGAAGGAACAGACGUUAAUAUCUAUGCCAUAUCAUGUGUGUACACUCAAAGAUACAGAAGAGGUAGAACUGAAGUUUCCUGCACCAGGCAAGCCUGGAAAUUAUCAGUAUACAGUGUUUCUGAGAUCAGACUCCUAUAUGGGUUUGGAUCAGAUUAAACCCUUGAAGUUGGAAGUUCACGAGGCCAAGCCCGUACCGGAGAACCACCCGCAGUGGGACACAGCAGUGGAGGGGGAUGAAGACCAGGAAGACAGCGAGGGCUUUGAGGAUAGCUUUGAGGAGGAGGAAGAGGAGGAGGAAGAUGAUGACUAAGCAGUGCUAUGAAUGGACCACAAUAUUUGCACAUAUUUGCAAAUUUUUGCUGUUUUGGAAGUGUAUAAUAAACCAGAAACCGUGCAGAACUGAUGUUGAGGGAGGUAUUACUUCUUUACUAGAAAUGGGUGCAUAUUACAACUAGGCAGUGGUGGUGCCUUGGUACAAUCUGAAAAACGCUUAGGGCUUGUUAAAGCCCUUCAAGUAUGGAUGGGAUGGUGCAUUUAUUUCAUCUGCAAAUGAUAAUAAACCCUUUGUUAUAACUGUCCAGAAGUGUGGGCUAUGUCUUACCUGAUCAUUUUAUGGUCCCAGUAAAAGUAAAGGUACAUGAAAACCAAUCUAUAAGUGAGCAACUUUUCUUGUUUAGCUUUAGUUUGUAGCAAACAUUAAAGUAUGAUAAACACCACACAUGUUUAAGUAACAUCUGCUCAAGUUUUAAUCUUUUGAUAAGUUCUAUCAUUCAUUUUAUUGACAUUUUGCAGUGAUACAGGACUAUUUAUAACAGCUCUAUUCACAGCUUUAGACUUUUUAUUUUUAUCUAUCUUCGUCCUAAGUUGGCAUUCUGUCACAUUCCACAUAAUACAGAGGGCUACAUUUGGGGAUUUUCCUUUUAUUAAUUGCCCAGAGUUACUAGACAGAUUAUAAAAAUGGCUUUUAAUGGCUUAAAACAUUUUUAAGCCUCUAUUUUAGCAGAUCAGUGCAGGAUCUAAUUCUUUUUAUAAGCUAUAGGUCUAAAAAUGAUUGUGGGACCAUAUGUUCUCUGAUGUUGGUGACUCAUAUUAUUAAACCUUUUUUAAAAGGUUCACUAUAAAAGCUAAAAUACAUUCUUAGCUUUUAAUCUAUCUGACUCAGAAGCCUUUUAGGGAAAAAAAUAGAUAACAUGCAAAGGAGGCAUUUUUUUGUAUUCAUUUUGGACUCCUGUCAAUAAAAUAGAAGUUUGACUCAUUUUA